CUUCCACUAAAGAAACCAACACUUUAGUUUUUGUCAUCUCUUUUAUUCACACAUUGUUUAGUGCUUCACUUGACACUGGUGUAGUAGUUCAUUUCAUUUUGAAGAAAGAAAAAUGAGUACUAGUAAUGGAACACCUAAGGAACACAUUGAAGGAAUACGAAGGAAAAAGUUUUCAAUUGGAGGUGAACAAAACCCUUUAACUGAAGACCUUCAUCACGCUGUCAAAAAUCUCUCUGCUGAACUUUAUGCUAAAGAUGUUCAUUUCCUCAUGGAACUCGUUCAAAAUGCUGAAGACAACCACUACAAUGAAGGAGAUAGUCCAUCAUUGGAGUUUGUCAUAACUUCAGAUGACAUAACUGGUACUGGUGCUUCAGCCACAUUACUUAUUUUCAAUAAUGAAAAGGGUUUCUCUCCAAAAAACAUUGAGUCCAUUUGCAGUGUUGGAAGAUCAACAAAGAAAGGCAAUAGAAGCAGUGGUUACAUUGGAGAGAAAGGAAUUGGCUUCAAGAGCGUGUUUCUGGUUACUGCUCAGCCUUAUAUUUUUAGCAAUGGAUAUCAAAUAAGGUUCAAUGAGAGGCCUUGUCCACAUUGCAGUCUUGGGUAUGUAGUUCCUGAAUGGGUUGAGGAGAAGCCAACCCUUGAGGAUAUAAAGAAGAUAUAUGGUGUUGGUAAUAAUUCUCUUCCAACUACAACAAUUGUCUUACCUCUGAAGCCUGACAAGGUCAAACCUGUUAAACAACAGCUCUCUAGCAUUCAUCCAGAAGUUCUGUUGUUUCUUACAAAAAUCAGACAACUUUCUGUCAGAGAAGUUAAUGAGAAUCCCAAACAGAACACCGUGACUGCCGUAUCUAUUUCAAGCGAGGUUAACUUUGUGACUAGGAAAAACAUGAAUGCUGAGUCUUACACACUUCAUCUAUCUGCAGAGGAAAAUAGUAAUGCUGAGAAGGAAUGUGCCUACUAUAUGUGGAAGCAAAAGUUUCCGGUCAGGUUGGAAAAUGUGGUCGAACGGAGAACUGAUGUGGAAGAAUGGGUUAUAACAUUGGCUUUCCCAAAUCAGGAGAGGCUUAGCAGAGGUAAGAGCUUACCAGGGGUCUAUGCAUUUCUUCCUACAGAGAUGGUCACAAAUUUUCCUUUCAUAGUUCAAGCAGAUUUUGUCCUUGCCUCAUCGAGGGAGACGAUUUUACUGGAUAAUAAAUGGAACCAAGGGAUACUUGAAUGUGUUCCGUUGGCCUUUAUGGAUGCAUUCAAAACACUUGUCAUAGGAUCAGAUGAAGCUCCAAUAUCCAGUUUGCCUCGUAUGUUCAAGUUCCUUCCCAUUGAUAGUUCUCCAUUUGAGAAGUUUAAUUAUGUUAGGGAGAAAAUCAAAGCAAAAUUGGUUGACGAAAAUAUUGUUCCUAUUGAGACCUACACCAAACAGAAGCACUUCUAUAAGCCUGGUGAAGUUAACAGACUGCUACCCGGAUUCUGGAAUAUUUUGACUAAAGCCCGCAAGGAAGGAGUGUACUUGCUUAACUUAUCUUCUCACGAUGGGAGGAAGAUCUUGAGUUCUUCAUUUGACAAAAGUGAGUACGACGACGUACUCAAUUUUUUAGGGGUGAAAUAUGUGACUGUUGAUUGGUAUGCAAAGUGCAUCCAGAGUUCUAAUCUUGUGGGCGGAGUAUCAGAAGAUCUCUAUCUUAAGCUUUUACUGUUUGUUGCUAAAAAUUGGUCUUCAAUGUUUAAGGGCACAGACAUUAAUAAUAUUCCAUUGAUUAAAUAUGUGGCUUCUGAUGGAACUCUAUCCACUUUUAGUCUUUUUGAUUGCACACAGAACCACAAUGGUGCCAAGCGAGUAGUACUAACAGACUCAAGUCAGUCUAAUGCUUGUUCUUGGCUGAUCAAUUGGAACAGAGAAUUUGCAUGUGCAGCAAACCGGUAUUUUAUGCCUGAAAGCACACAAGAUGCUAUCUUGUGUUUGGCCCAGAAACAGACUUUGAUAGAAUGGCUUUCAACUCAUGUUUUUGUUACUAAUAUGAGCGUCUACACUUUUGCAAAUGUUCUCUGCAGUUUUGUUAAUAGCAGCUGCAAACUUGCCAUUGCAUAUGCUCAUUUCUUAUACCACUCUUUCUCAAUGGGUUAUCUGUCACAUCGGGAUGUUGAUAGUCUAUGUUCUUCUAUGCCACUAGUGGACAACUAUGGAUGUAUCACAAUAAGAAGAGAAGGAGUUCUUGUGCCUGCAAAUGUGAGCAAAUGGGCAGAUUUGAUUGUUUCAAAUCCAUGGAGUAGGGAAAAUUAUGUUGAGCUUGGAGUGGAGUACCUGAAUUCCUCAUGUUAUGCUGGCCAACACACAGGUUCUGGGAAGCUUAUCGAAUUUCUCAAAACUCAUGUUGGAGCUUCUGACAUACCUGAUAUAUCACCUCCAAAUGCUGGAUUUUCAGCCGUAGAGACACCACUUACCAAAGACAAUGCGUUUUUGCUUUUGGAUUGGAUUCAUAAUCUGAAGUAUAAGGGAGUACGUCUACCAGAUAGGUUUUUGAAAUGUAUAAAAGAUGGCAGCUGGCUUAAAGUUACGGUCAAUGGAUACAGGCCUCCUUCCAAGUCGUUCUUAAUUCGCUCACCCUUGGGAAAAAUUUUGCAAAGUGGCUCAGUUCUUGUGGACAUUCCCCUGAUUGAUGAGAGCUUCUAUGGGGAUAGAAUAAACAAAUAUGCCGAGGAGUUGAAAACAAUUGGAGUGAUGUCCAGUUGUGAGGAAGCAUGUGAUUUCAUUGGAAGAGAACUGAUGUCUCGUGCAUCUACCUUUGCUUUAAGUAAGAAUCAUGUUCUUUUGAUGCUGAAUUUCAUCCAAUAUCUCAGGAAAAGUCUUCUCCCUUUGGACAAAUUUGUAAACAACAUCAAAGAAGGGACUUGGCUAAAGACAUCCCGUGGUCUCAAGUCUCCUGUGGGAUCUGUAUUGAAUGAUUCUAAAUGGCUAGUUGCAGCACAAAUCAGUGACAUUCCAUUCAUUGAUAAAUCUUAUUAUGGUGAUGAAAUUUAUAAUUACAUAGAGGAGCUCAAGUUGCUAGGAGUGAUAGUUGACUUAAAUGGUAAUUACCAAGUUGUCAUUGACCAUUUAAAAUCACCUUCAAAUCUGGCCUCUUUGACCGCUGAGUCUGUUAUUUUGGCAAUGCGUUGUAUCAAAUUCUUGAAGGCCCCUAGUAAACUCUUAAGUUCACUGAAGGGAACAAGCUGCUUGAAAACAAACAUGGGUUUCAAAAUACCUAGUGAAUGUUUCUUGUAUGACCCGGUGUGGGGAUGCAUUUUAGAUGUAUUCAAUGGCUUUUGUGUGAUUGAUCAUGAAUUCUAUGGAGAGAAGAUUUUCUUUUACAAAUAUCAACUGAGGCAAAUUGGGGUGGUGGUUGAUUUUGGAGAUACUAUCAAGAAGUUUGCUUCUCUCUUCAAACAGAAGGCAUCACAAACAUCAUUUAACCAACAGCAUGUGAUGUCAUUUCUCUCCUGUUGCCGGCUGCUGAAGGGAACUGAACAUAGAUUUCCUUCUGAUUUCUCAACAAUCAUACAUAAUGAGAAGUGGUUGUAUACUAAGGUUGGUUGUUAUUCAUGCCCUAGAAAAUGCGUUUUAUAUGGACCGGAGUGGAAAUCUAUAUCUUCUAUUACUUGUCUCCCGUUCAUUGAUGACAGUGACAAAUGCUAUGGUAUGAAAAUACAUGAAUACAAGGAAGAGCUGAAGAACAUUGGUGUAGUUACUGAAUUGAAAAAGGGAGUGAGAUUUGUGCCUGAAUGUCUGAAUUUUCCUUCAGAUCCCUCCACCAUUAGUCCCGAAAGUGUGUUUUCCUUGCUGGAGUGCAUCCGAAGUCUAAUGGAAGAGCAUAAGCUUGCCAUUGAAGAUGGUUUCAGAAAAAGAUUGUCUAGAAAUUGGUUGAAGACACAUGCUGGUUAUAGGCCUCCAGAGAUGUGUUUGUUGUUUGAUUCAAAGUGGAGUUCUUUCUUGAAUCCAUCCGAUGGGCCUUUUAUUGAUGCGGAUUUUUAUGGACCUAAAAUUGCAUCUUUCCAGAAAGAACUCCAUGCUAUAGGAGUUACUAUCGACCUUGAUAAAGGGUGCCCCUUGCUUGCCUGUCACCUUGAUUCUCUCUCUGACACUGAUAAUAUUAUGAAAAUAUAUAGGUACUUGUCUGAGUACAAUUGGAAACCAGAGGAAAAUGCUGCCAAGAAAAUUUGGAUUCCACAAGUUACUAAAGGUGGAAAGUGGGUCAACUCUGAAGAGUGCAUCAUACAUGACCCAGAUAAACUUUUUGGUCUGAAGUUAUAUGUUCUUGAAGAUGUCUAUGAUAAGAAGAUUCUCCCCUUUCUAACAUUUGCCAUGGAAGUCAGGUCUAAGCCCUCACUUGAUGAUUAUGUUGACCUGUGGAAUGGUUGGGAAAAAUCAUCUGAAGAGUUGUCAUAUGACAAGUGCAGUAAGUUCUGGAUGUUCAUCCUGAAACACUUGGGCAUUAAUACAGAGAAGAUACUUUCUAAGAGGUUGGUCAAACUACCGGUAACAACCGGAGGCAAUGAAAUAUUUCUGUUGGAUAAAGAAAAUGUUUUUAUUCCUGAUAACCUUCAUCUGAAGAAACUUUUUGAGCAGGAGAAAGUUUUUGUGUGGUAUCCUCAGAAGAACUUUGGGCCAUUGUCCAUUUCUAAGUUAUACGGCAUCUACAGAAAAAUCGGUGCUCGUAAUAUAUCUGAAUCACUAUGCAAAGAAGAACCAUCCUCAGUGAAUGAUGAUGUCGAACUGGUGCAAGUUGAUCAGAAUAAUAUUUUCAGCUUAAAAGGUUUGGUAAAGCUCAUUCUUGGUUUCCUUGCUUGUUCUAGCUUGAAAAUGGAACCAGAUAAGAGACAUGAAGCUGUUCAAGGUCUUCUAAACCUGAGUUUCCUUGAGACAAUGGAGCAAGUCACGGUAAGCUAUAGUUUAUCACUGUCUUCAGGGGACAUCAUUUCUAAGAAAGAUGACAAAAUGGUACGCUGGGAAAGACAAAGUUCCAAGUUUUUCACCCAGAAGAUGGACGGGCAUCAAGGAAAUUCUCUUAAAUAUGCAAUGUGUUUCUCCGAAGCAAUAUCAGAGGGUGUUUUGUGUGAGAAUCAUGAAUUUGUUCCUGCUCUUACUGAACUGAUCACAUUGGGUUUUGUGCUGAAAUUCAAGAAUGAAGACAUUGAAUUUCUGAUGUUGUCCAAGAAUUUGCAGAUUUUCAGUGAGGAUGUUGAGUUCCUCAGUUCUUCGUUCGCAACUGACUAAGUUUUCUACGUUGGUUUACUUGUUACUAUGUCUAUCUGUUUAUGGAGCAUGUCUUAAGUUUUCUUGUUCUCUUUUUGGUGUUUGUGACUAUGCUGUCUACAAUAUUUUGCUUCUUUCACUUUUAUUUGUUCGCCUCUUGGACUUGGCAAACUCUAAGAAAUUGACUGAAUGUAUGUUCAGAAGUACCAGUGUAGUACUUACAUAUGUGUGUGUUUGUUAAUGAAAUAUGUAUUUGGGUUUGCUUGUUCUCUUAUUUUUGUUCCUUUGUCAUUGUAGUACAUGAUUGUGUUGAAAUAUCAGUGUAGUUUAUUUCUGUCACUAUGGUCGUCUGUUACUAUAAA